AUGCGCGCCCUUUCCUUGCGGAGUGUCUCUUUUUUCGGUCGUGGGGCUUUGGCCACCAUCAGUACUUCUCGUAUGUGGUGCUCGACAGAAGCUGCCAAAAAAGAGGAGAAUACUGCCAAACCGGAAGGAGAACAAACACCAAUUACUCAAGAGGCUUUUGCUAAACUGGAAAAGGAACUUGAAAAGGCGAGAGAAGACAUUGGUGAACUCAAGAAGGAAGUGCUUUAUCGUGCUGCUGAGGCUGAAAACGCCCGUCGUAUUGGUCGUGAUGAUGUUGAAAAGGCGAGGGCUUAUGGAAUCACAUCUUUUGGAAAGGACAUGCUGGAUGUUGUGGAUACCCUCGAAAAGGGUAUUGAUGUUAUCUCAAAGCUCGGAGCUGAGGAAAUUGAAAAAAAUAAGGCAUUGCAUUCUAUCUAUACUGGUGUGAAGAUGUCAGUUAAAGUUUUACUAAACAACUUUGCGAAGCACGGAAUCGAAAAGUUGGAUGUUCAGGUAGGGGCCAAAUUUGAUCCCAACAUUCAUGAUGCUCUUCUUAAGACUCCACCAACUAAGGAAAUCCCCAGCGGUCACAUUUCUACUGUAUUAAAGACUGGUUAUAAGAUCAAGGAUCGUAUACUUCGUGCACCACAGGUUGGUGUUGCUGAAGAUGACUAG